ACGGCCCCUCCCGCGCGGAGCCGGCUCUUUCUUUGCCCGCAGCCCGGCCGAGAGCGAGCGGAGGGGUCGCCGUUGGAGCUCGUGCGCCAGCUGCCGCCGCGGCGCCAUGAAGAUCUGGAGCUCGGAGCACGUGUUCGGACACCCAUGGGAUACAGUUAUCAAAGCUGCUAUGAGAAAAUACCCCAAUCCCAUGAAUCCAUGUGUGGUAGGAGUAGAUGUGAUAGACAGAAGCCUUGAUAACCAGGGAAGGUUGCAUAGUCACCGACUUCUCAGCACAGAGUGGGGACUACCAAGUAUUGUAAAAACGAUUUUGGGAACAAGUAGGACUUUGACAUACAUUAAAGAACAUUCAGUGGUAGAUCCAGUAAAAAAGAAAAUGGAACUUUGCUCCACCAAUAUUACUCUCACAAAUUUGGUCUCAGUUGAUGAGAGAUUGAUCUACACGCCUCAUCCUGAAAACCCAGAAAAGACUGUGCUAACUCAAGAAGCAAUUAUUACUGUAAAAGGCGUUAGCCUGAGUAAUUAUUUGGAAAGUUUAAUGGCCAACACAAUAUCCUCCAAUGCUAGAAAGGGGUGGGAUGCUAUUGAGUGGAUAAUUCAAAAUUCUGAAAGCGCUCUAAGCUAGCAGUCUCUCUCUACAUCUGCAGUUUGUACUAACUAGUGGUAACUCCGGCAUUCACUAUCUCGGUACAGCAUUUCAGCUUUCUAGCAAAUGUGUGCAUGGACUGUUGUGAUGUGAUGUUUUUUAUAGAUAUGUACAUCAGCUUGCAUGUACUGUAAUACAUAAUCACAGUUACAUACAAGAAUGGGAAAUUUGUUCUCAUAAUACUAACUCAUGUUUGUCAUGUGUGGUUUUUUUUUUAUUAUUAUUGCGACCUAGAAUGGGUCAAGUAGCCCAAAUCCACUACAUCAGUGAAGGGCAGACCUUAGUUAUUUCUGCAUGUACUGCAGUGCUUUUGUACCAUACUUUUGCCUCUUAUAUAUGUAAAUGAGAGAUUACUGCAGGCCCCUAAGCAUGUGAAAAUGUCACUCUUUAAUAGGGGCCCACUCCAGCUUGGUCAAUUAAAUUUGACUAGAUAAGAACAGUUAUCUAAAGAAAUUAACCAAAAAAUGUUUGGUUAAUGGAAUCAGCCUUAUUAUAAAAAUGCAGCAGAAUUGCACUUAAUGUGUUUAGGGUUUGGUUUUCUCAAAACAGGUGCCUAACAAGAAUUGUUUUCGGCACAGAGUUAUUGCUACUUGCUUUGUCUUCCGUGACAGGAAUUGAUCUGGUCUCCUCCUUUUUAUUAGACUUUUAAGAGGUAGAUGGGUGAUUGGGGAGGGGCAGCUUCUGUUGGUGGUUUUAAAAUUUAGGUGAAAGCUAAACAUAUUUUACUCUGGUGAAUUUGGUAUUGUUGCAAUAAGAAUCUCAUUUAGCAUCUUAAAUUGGUUUCCUGGCUUGCUGCUGUUACAAAUGACCUUCCUUCCUAAGCAACAUGACUAUAUUUAUUUAAAAUUUAACUUUCAGAUGCAUUUCCAUUUGUUCGUGGUAGGAAGUGCUGAUUUCUUUCAUACUCAGACUUCAAGGCUGAAAGGAGUGGUUAGUUUUCAUAGUUUUUAUGCUGGACAGUAAAUAGUUCUCUUCACCUUUCCUUCCAUUAGCUAGACUAGCUCGACUCUGUCAUUCUUGUAUUGAAACCACAAACUUCCAAUGAUAAAAUCCUAAAACCUUUUUUCAUAACUCUUCUCCUUCAUUCCUUUGUGUGUGUGUGUGUGUACACGUGCGCCUUAUAAAGCCAGCAAAUGCUGGCUAUAUGCUUUCAAGUUUACUUUUCAUUCCACUAAAUUCUUGAGUUGGACAAACCAUUAAGCUUUGUCUUCUCCAAAAAACUUGAACUGGAGUAGUCAGUCUAUCAAUUAUCCAAGAUAUAAUACAUCUUUAUACCCAGUAUUUGACCUAAUAUUGAAAGCAUAAUGUAGUGCUGACAUAUGUAAUGUGCAUGCUUGGUUAUGAAUGUGCUUGCCUAUAUAAUGUAGGACUUAAAUAACAUUGUAUUAAAUACAUUUUAUUUUUAUUCUCUCACUCACUCAAAUCCUCUGUCAGAUUCUGUUUUCCUUUUACUGAGUAGAACUGCCCAGGUCCUUAAUUUUAAAAGAAAUUGUAGAGGUGAAGCUUUAUUAACUUAGAUUCCACUGCAGAAUUGUUCUGAAAUUUACCGUUAGCAUGGUGCACUGAUGCUUAAGUUUUAUAGGGAUUUAAGCAAUUUUUCCAGAGCUGCAAGAAAAUACCUCAUUGAUUGAUUGUAUUUGUUUUGGAAAACCAACAAACCUACUUUGAAUGAUUUACUGGUUAUAAUCCUUGGAAGGCAUUUUGUGGAUCCGAGUCCCAGCCAAAACAUGCUGGCUAAUUUUUUGGCUAAUAAAAGUCUACUCUCUGUAUGAUCAGACUUAAACAAUCUUAGUGUUUUAAAUGUGUUACUUGUUUCCUUUCAGUGUUUUAGUUACAGGGACACUAAUAUGCAAAAGGAAAGUAACUUGAAAAAUAGCUUUUCAGUCUGAAAAGCUUGUACCUGGGGUUAUUUCUAACACCUAACAUUGGUGGAAAGAGUUGUGGUUUGUUUUUGUUUUUUCCUUCUGAUCUCUGUGAAUAUGACAGUUCAGUCAGUUACACUAUUUUGUAAUGCAUUUAUUUCCUGUUGCAUGUAGCAACCUGCACUGCUCUGUUGUAGCUCGCAUGCUUGCUUCCCUAUACUCUGAGAAAGUUUGCCAGCAAUAGUACCAGCAAAACAAACUGAAGUGGUAAUUGUGUGCACAGAGGGGAAACAGGCGGGGGGGGGGGGGAGGAGGAGAAUGAGGAGUUUGGUGUGGCCCUUGGGCCUACUAAGUAUCAGCAGGGAAGCCGGGGGAAAAAAAGAUGACUUUGAAGAAGAAUAAGGGUUGCUAUGACUAAAAUUCAGUUUUAAUUAGCCAAACCAAAAAUAUGCAAGUUGGUGUCCAUUUAACAUGUUGGUGGCACUCAUUAUAAAGGCUAACUUCCAAUCCACUAACAUUUUGUAAGAACUGAAAUUUCUCAUGCUUGGUCUUGGCUCAAGAAUGAGAAUUUUGAUUCUAUGGGUUUCUGUUUUUAAUACUUUUCAGGAUGGGGACUGUCUACUAGUGUGUGGGCAAUUCCUAGCGAACACUGACCGCUAACCAUGACAUAAACAUUGAUCACUCAAUAUAGCAUUUGGAUAACAAAGGGCUUUAUUUCUAAACUUGGCAUGUUCUUCCUGGUGAUUGAAGAUGCCGCCUCCUAUUUCACAAUCCAUUUUCUUUCAACGAAGCUAAAUGGAAAUAGCAUUUUAAGCUUGUGCAGUCUUUUAUUUUUCUUAUCUUGAAAAAGACUGACUGGUUAUUUGAAUGUGCUUCCACUCUAGUUCCCACUGGUUAGGGAAGAGGCGACAGUGGGAUAGGGACUAUUAAAAUCCUGUAGCAAAUAUCCAUAUAGUGCUCUCUUAGGGGUAACACCCUCUUUCUUCCGGCAUUAGUAAUCUCCCCAGCUAUUGAACUUGUUUGCAUGCAUUGCAGUUUGUAAAGCUAAUGACCUAAUGACUCAAUCACAUAGCAUACAUUCUGGUGCUUCUUGCUGAGCUGCCUGUGUCACAAGAGUUCAGUUCUUACAGAAAUAUUGUUCUGAGGAAUCCUGUCCUCUGAUAUCUGCUCAUUUGGGUGCCAUCCUGUAUUCUGCACUGUCUAACCAGACCUAGUAGUAUCUCUUCCUAGAAUGCAUUUUAGCAUGAACUGAGUACUUUUAAUCCAGCUGUUUCAUUCAUUAGGGUGUAUGCGUGGGUGGUAAAGUGAAGAGUUAAUGGAUAAGAAUAGUAAGAACAGGACAGUAUGUCCUGUGAAAACCACCAAGUCUCUAGAGGAUGCCUUUUGUGGUAGUAAUGAUGUAAAAGGUUAAGGUGAGCUUGAUUUUUACUUCUCUCCAAGAGGACUUGAAAAGCUUCUGACACUUGAAGACUAAGCCUGAUAUGCCAGGUGGGAAAGUACUUGUGCCACCAUGCCCUCAAAUCCAUGCACAUUGAAUUUCCAUCCACGUAUCUUAAAUCCCCUGGAAAAAAUCACUUCUUCUGUCCUCUUAAAUAAUAACACCUCCCUUGGUCUGUUCUGCCACCCAAAUAAAUUAAAUUCCACCUCCCCAAUCAGUUCUACCCCAGUCCUCAACUUUACAGGGUGCUGCUGCCCUCACCCCCUUGCUCUUAAGGAAAUGCAUGCCCUGCACCUACCAAAUAUUCCCCUGGGCACUCUGCUAAUUGCAUCAACCUUUCCUGUUAAAGUAGUAGUGUUUUUGAGAGGUUUUGUGGCCUUCCUUUCCCCUCCCCGCCAGACAGAGGCCAGUGUCUCCCUGGUCUCACUCAGCCUAUGUACCUGGGCAAAACUUCUACUCACCCUGAGUAAAUGGAAUUUAAAAGCCCUACACUCCAGUACUUUUGAUUAAGGAAAUAAAAGUUGUACCCAACUCUAGGCUAGAAAUUUCUCAUUUUAAAGCUAAUCUUCAGUAAGGAUGUGACUAGAGUCCAGCAAGAUAAGCAUGUCAGAUAAGUCUCUUGCAUGAAUUCACAAACCUGGCAGUGUACAUUCUAUGUGGCCAAUUAAAAUAAAGGAGCUGCACAUUUAUAUUUAAGUUUUUAAUUGCACUUAGUCACAGUACUUUGUUUUCUCUGAAGCCUUCUUAAAAUAUUCUAAGAGUAGGAGGGAACAGGGCAGGGUGGCAGAAAAUUUAGUUGCUGUUUAAAAAACAUAGCCCAGUAUAUGCUGAAAAGUGACUCAUCCAUGAACUUAGAACUCCAUGAUACCCUUCCUACAGUCACUUUCUGAUCAAAUUUUGUUCUGACAAGUAGAAUGUCUGUCUUGUUGUUUUUGUUUGUUUUCCUUAACUCAGUGCUGAGUUAACCUGAAAGUCCAGCUUGGUUCUUACUGGCUCUCAUCUUCAAUAAUCGAAAAUUCUCCAAAUGUAAAUUUCUUAACAAUUCUGAUGCAUGAACUGGACUAGAAUCUAUCUUACUCUCAGUAUAUGUGUUGGCUUUACUGUGCUAACAGAAAAAGCAAAUGGUAAAAAUACCCUUAUUGCUAAAGUAACCAGUAAUUUUACAUAGACCCUCUUUUCCCAUAACCUCAGUUUGGUAUGGCACAAACUUUUUGCACAUAAGGUGAAGGUUGUGCAAAGACUCCAUUUAAUAAAGCUUCAGUAAAAACCUGAAACCUCAACAUAAAACCUCUAUAGAGCAGUUCUGAAGUCUGACAAAGGAAAGAAAGAGAUUUGAAGUUUUAAUUUUAAGUGGCCUUGUAUCCAUUUUGAUACUAAAUUCAUGUCUUUUU